AGCCAUGGCGGCUAACGCUACCACCAACCCGUCUCAGCUUCUCCCUCUAGAGCUUGUGGACAAGUGUAUAGGAUCAAGAAUUCACAUUGUGAUGAAGAGUGAUAAGGAGAUUGUUGGCACACUUCUGGGAUUUGAUGACUUUGUCAAUAUGGUACUGGAAGAUGUCACUGAGUUUGAAAUCACACCAGAAGGAAGAAGAAUUACUAAAUUAGAUCAAAUUUUGCUAAAUGGAAAUAACAUAACAAUGCUGGUUCCUGGAGGAGAAGGACCUGAAGUAUGAAUGGAUUUCCUUGACUUUUGCUAGAUUCUGUUUUGUCUUAUAAUGACAACAAAAUAGAAUUUUUAUUUUAACCUUUUAAUGUUUGUAUGCUCUGAAGCCAAGUUUUCCGUUAAAGGGAAAUGCUUUGAAGAUGCAUUGUAAAUGCCUGUUUUUGUAAGUUAAUCAUGAUUAUGUUGGAAGAAGAAGAACAGUUUGUUCUAUGAAAACAAAAAUAAAGGUGUUUUUGUUAACUGUCAUUUAUUUAUUAUACUGCAAUAGCCAGUGGUUGUAGUUACUUUGUCACUUGCUUUCCUGUCAUUUUAUGAUUAUUUGCUUCCUCAUUUAGGUGACCAUUUGAUUCUCAAACAAAAUUGUUCCAAACAAAAUGAGCUUUGAUUUUGAACAGGUGCAUUAAAAAAACCUGAAAUGAUUGCUUACAAAAUUCAGUUCAAACUCUGAUGCUUUG